AUGCAUCAUUCAAUAAUUCAAGUUCGAAACGAAACAACAACGCCCGAGCAUAGACGAAGCGGCGAAAGCCGGCUUCAUUCGGCAACUCUCAGCAAAAAUCGGUAUCCGGCGGCGGUACCCGAGAAAAAACGAAGGCAGCAGCAAAGUGACAACAUGAAGUUGAAGCGCACUAUGUUCGGACGAUCGAUGACGUCAACGGAAGAAUUAACAACUCAUUCGCAGGAAGUGAAUGAUCAUUCAUCGUGUGAUGGCUAUGUUGGCAGCCAUGACGGCCCGCAUCUGACAGCAGCGUCAACGUCAAACUCUGAAAACAGCAACAGAGAGGUUAUGCAGAUUGUAAACAAUACCUGCACCGACAAAACGGAUACGUUUAAACCAGUGAAAAUGAUAACUGUGUACAAUCUUAGUGUUAAAGCUUUAGUCGACUUAGGCAGUGACGUUAACAUAAUUUUAUCAGAGUGUUACAAGGCAUUAGGUCAGCCAAAAGCGGAAAAUGACAAUACUAUUUAA